AAAAGUGAGUGAAAAGCUGUCGUAACCAGUUAAAUCGUUUGUGCACAACAAAAUUUUAAGAGAUUCAAGUUAAUUUUUGUAUUUAUUUAAAGUUUUCUGCUCUGCAAAAGUGAAGUAAAGUGGUAGUGUCAAUAAGUAGAAUAAAGCAUCAUUCGACGCGAUCUUUUUUAGUCAGAGUUUUACGCCUUUCAAGACAACAUGAAGGCAAUCUUAGUAUUAUUGGCAAUCAUCGCCGUUCAACUGGUAUCAGCGCAAAAGCAGUACACAAAUAAAUUUGAUAACGUGGACGUGGACGGAGUUUUGUCAAAUAAUCGUAUUCUAACCAACUACAUAAAAUGCCUUAUGGAUAAAGGACCGUGCACUCCUGAGGGACGUGAACUAAAAAAACUGUUACCUGAUGCCUUGCAGAGUGAGUGCUCGAAAUGCACCGAAACUCAAAGGAAAAAUUCUCAAAAAGUUAUUAACUUUCUUCGAGCAAAUCGACCCGGAGAAUGGAAAUUACUACUGGACAAAUAUGAUUCGAAAGGAGUUUAUAGAUCUAAAUAUGAAAAACAAGGUUAAACUUCAUUUUCAUGAAUUUUCAGCUGGUUUAAGUUUAAAUAAUAAUUUUUAAAUAUAAAUACCUACAUAUAUGUUUAUGUUCAACGAAAAAUUCAAAUUGAAAAUAAUAUCAGCAAAUAAAUAGUACCCUAAUAUACAAGUAUUAAUUAGUCGGGUUACUGAACUCAUGCGUUGCUUUUAACCUGUUUUUAUCAUUCAGCGCCUAUUAUGAUUGGCCAACGGACAUUUGGGUAAAAAAAUAUACACGCAUAUGUACAUACAUG